AUGGGCCCAUCAACUACGCCUAGGAUCCGUCGCACGGCGCAGAACACGCAAUUUACCUACAAUCUGUCGCGUCGGGUAAAUGAUGUCCAAACGUACCCCAUCCAGUCUCCUCAAGGAGCUACUAUCCUCAUCUAUGGACAUGACAACGGCAUCACCUUGGUUUGGCGAGGCGGUCGGCGGUUCAAGGCGGCCAAGGAAGCGUCGUCACAGCAGCAGACAAACAAGAAGGAGCAAAGAAACGGGGCGGCCGACGACGUGGUCAUGAUUAUCGACUCUGACGACGACGGACCAGUUAAGUCACAAGCUCCCCAGGGCUACGUCGACAAGCCCGAAUUCGAAGACACGGUCGAAAAGACGCCAUACCCCGAGAUCGUUCAGACACUGGACCUGGCUUUUGGAACAGCUGUGCUCAAGGUCGCUGUGAUGCCUCUGGUACCAUGCUCUGCAGCCGAGGCGGGCUCCAACGGCGAGCCGAUCUUGGCUGAAAAGAUGGUCUUUGCCGUCUCCUGCGCUACAAACGACGCCUAUUUCGUCACGCUGCCCCUGACGCCACCGUCACCUGAGAGCAAAGCACGGCCGGAGCUGAGAGCGGACCUGUUGGCUGGAAAAGCUGGCUCCGGUGCCUGGGGCGAAUCGCUGACCCUUCUCGGCGGCCAGACGAAACGCAGCGAGGGGUUGGCCAUCACCAUGGUCACCCCAAAAUCUUCCGACUCGUCGGGCAAGGCACCCAGGGCAGUGGUGGCCGCGUUCUCAAGGCAGGCUUCGGGUGCUCUACACCUGUGGGAGAUUGCGCUCGACAGCAAGCCGCUUUCCCAGCGGCCCGUGGAGCCCUUUCAGAGCGAAUAUUUGCCCGCUCCCCUCACGAGCAUCUCGUUCAAUCCGACAAACACCUCUCAGCUCCUUGCAGUGUCAUCGCCACAUGCUGUAAGGAUAUAUGACUUUGCGCAGUCUGUGCUGGCCCCCGAACCCGACGCCCGGGGCCCCUUUCCCACCCAAGGCUCGUGGCUCCUCUCAUUAUAUCAGCCAUUUGCCAAAACUUCCUCCUCACGGAAACCGAUAUUGGACGCCGCAUGGAUAGCACACGGCCGGGCAGUCUUUGCUCUAUUGGCGGACGGCAUGUGGGGCAUCUGGGACAUUGAAGGCGCGAAGCCACUGCAGUCGGGAGCUGCGCUGUCCAACAAACUGAAGUCGGGUGUCCAGGGGGCCGCAUUGACCGCCUUCAGCGUGUCAGGAUACAUUGAGGGAACUGGCUCCCUCCGCAGCGUCGCGUCUCAGCAGAAAGACAAGCAUGCCAGUGAAUUUGCACCCAUGACACCACAUACCCGCAAACAGGCCGCCGCAUCCCUGACUGGCGCCCCUGGUGUCGAUCGCCUGUUCGCUGUCCACGGUGGUGUCAAAGUGAUGGGACUUCCUUACACUCCCGGCAAGGCACUCCAGGAUGAGAGCCUGGCUCUGUGGAUAGGGGGCUUGGAGCACGUCUGCGUCAUCCCGGGCGUGCUACGAUUUUGGGACUCGCAGCUUCGACGAGGGUCCGGCGGCGGGGUUAACUUGUUCAGCGGUGCCCAACCCACCAGGAUGCUGAAGCUGGUCGAUCUCGCCACAGGGCUUCUAGGCGAGAGAUGUUGCGGAGUUGGUCUCAUUCCGGACUCGUCAAAGAAUGAUGAGGACGUUCCCGACGACGGCGGCCUCCCGGUGGACGUCUUGAUACGAGGAGAGUCGAGGAUUGUCAUUGUGCGCGAGGGAGAGGACGGGCCGGGAAGGAAGAUUGGCGAUGUUGUUGCCAGCCGCAGGAAGCGUCUGUUUUCGAGGACUGACAAAGAAGCCAUCAUUGUUCAUGGGAAGCAGGAUAGGUCGGCGAGCCUGUCUUUCAACUUGAGCACCGUCAAGCCCGGAACGCUGAGACUGAAGCCGUCUGCCAAGGAUGAACAGGAUGGAAACGGGAUUGGCAUCGGGAACGGAGCGGGCGAUAAGAUGGAGGAUGCGCCUACUCCGACAACUCGGUCGCGCGCCGGCUUUGGCUUCGCCGAUACCCUGAGUGCCGCGGCAGACGUCACGGCAGACUUUACAGCUCGAGACGUGGAGGCGGAGAUGCUCGACAUCAUGGAGAUUGACCAAGCUUUGAAUAACCUGGAAGACUACAGAGGCAGCGGCAGGAAGAAGGUGUUUUUUGAGGAGGACUGA